GAUUGCAGGGGGGAGGGGGCAUCCAUUUAGGACCCGGCUUAGCCCAGGAGCUGCGGAACAUUUGGAUUCCUCCUGGGAUCGUGGUGACUUGUGGAUAGCAGGGCUGCUCUGCUGAUUCACUUCCAUCACUGUCAGCAUGGUGAUCAAAGUCUUUGUCGCCACAUCUUCGGGGUCCACAGCGAUAAAAAAGAAACAGCAAGAAGUCUUGGGCUUUUUAGAGGCCAACAAGAUUGACUUUCAGCAAAUGGACAUAGCAGGAGAUGAGGACAAUAGGAAAUGGAUGAGAGAGAAUGUCCCGGGUGAAAAAAAGCCUCAGAAUGGAAUUCCCCUCCCGCCACAGAUCUUCAACGAGGAGCGGUACUGUGGGGAUUUUGAAUCCUUUUUCUCCGCUAAGGAAGAAAAUAUUAUUUAUUCGUUCCUGGGCCUUGCUCCUCCUCCAGGCACAAAGGAGACUGAAAAGUCUGAUGCCACGGAAGAUAAGUCUGAAUCCAAGGAUGAAAAGUCUGAUGCCACGAAUGAAACUGAGGCACACACAGAAGACAAGGCAGAUGAAGGGGCUCCAGAAGAGGCUCAGUCUGACCAGACACCACCAGAAGGUCAACAGGAAGGCAAGGAAGAGCAUGCAGCAACAGGGGAAGAAGAAGAAAAGCAGGGAGAGGGAGAAGAAAAGGAAGAGGUGGAGGAAAAGGAAGAGUCUUAGUACGGUUCCCUAUGACACAAUAUUUCUUGAACAGGUUUUCAGGAAGCACAAGCUGGAGCCGCCCCACCAAAGAAAAGAAAAUCCCUUUCCCAAGCAAAGCACCACUACCUUUUGUGCCUGUAGAAUAAUGAACACAUAAACAUGAAGAGAACACAGACAGCACUCUGUCCCACCUGUAGCCUUUAUAUAUAUAUUUGGUAUUCCAGUUGCUUGUUAAAAUGGGUCUUAUGUCUGACAGAUGAUAUUUCAGUCAAUUGUUCUGUGUUGGGAUAGUUUUGUCCAUGUCACAUUUAGCUUGUGAGCUCCCAGGGCAGGAACCAUGUCUCCCUCCACGUCUAAACACUGCCGGGCACGUUGCUGCCACUCAGCAGCCGACUGCACUCACACCAGUGACGUCUUCAGAGGAAAAGAAAUCCACCACUGAAAACUGCAAAGAGGCUUCCUGUAAAGAAGCCAUGUGAGUCAUUUCUCCCUCAGCUGGCAUUUGAAAAUGAUUGAGAUUCCCAUCGUGCAGCAGUUUAAAUAAAUGUGUUUUCUGUUGUA